AUGAAUCAAAUCGGGGUUCAAGAAUCCCAUACUCAAACCGACCAACAACGACUGAGCAAAGAGUGCCAAAAGGCAGCGUGGCCGACUCACAAGAUUGCAUGCAGGAUCAACGUGGAGAAUAGCAAACAACACCCGGAUGCACAGGAUGUGAUGAAGAAGCUGAGCGCCUUUUGCGCGAGGCACCGGCCCUCAUUACUCAAAUACGGGAUCCAAGCGCUGGAUUUGGCAAACGACCCUGACCGACGGCUGCGCAAUAUCCUCGCCAUUGACGUGAUCCCCGUUGUGGAUGAAGAAGGGAAUUCGAAGUCCAGCAGGCUCUUCUUGGCCUUUGAAGCAAGGGUUGAAAGUGUUGACGGAUUUCCACCGGAGCAGAGACAUGAAUUGAAGCUACAGAUGAAGUUGUUUGACGAAGACUCGAGACGGUCCGGAAAUAUGGGCGGUUUUUUUGUGAUUGUCAUUGACCGUCCUUCUGGGGCAGGAAACGUUUGCCCAAUGGGGUUCCCCAAGGAGAUUGUCAAUUGGGAACGUGCACAGCCGUGGAAAGAGCCUUUGUUAAAUUCUCUGAAUGCGCCAUUGAAAAGUUUGGAGGGCAAACGGGGGGUUGGAGUUGGAUGGGAAGUUGUGCCAAUGCCAGACUAA